AUGGCAAGCCAAACCAGCGUAGCCAGCAGCCAACCGGACCCGCGCCACCUCCGACUCAUUGCCGCCUCGGCUCAAGCCAACCAGGCACGCAUCCGCGAGACCCUAGCCGAGGAUUCAUCAUGGUCCUCGCACAUCGAUCGUGACGCGCUGCGCCAAUCGCUGCAGAAGCUCGCAAUCCGCGGCAAUGUGAAGCUCGUGCGCCUGCUCCUCGAACACGGCGCCGAGGUGAACAUCAGCCGAGAUGGCGAGAUCCCCGCCCUCUUCAAGGCCGCCGAGGGCGGCCACACCCCCGUGGUGACCGAGCUGCUUGCGCACGGGGCGGAUCCGAACUGGCGCAACCGGAACGGGCAGACUGCGCUAUUCGCGGCGUGCAUGCGGGGCCGCGAUGCUGUUGUCAGGGCGCUGUUAGACGCCGGGGCUAGCGUCGACGUGCGCGAUAAGGAGGGCCGCACCGCGCUGCUGUUCUUGGCCUCGGAGAAGUCCGAGAAGCCCAAGACCGAUACCCUGAGGAUGCUCCUCGAGAAGGACGCAGACAUUGAGGCGCGGGACUCGAUUGGCCGGACACCCCUGCUGUGGGCCGCCACGAAUGGCAACGUCCGGCUCGUUGCGGCACUUCUGAGUGGGGAGUUGGGGAAGAAGGCCGAUAUUUCAGCCUCCAACAACCGUGGCCGCAAUGCGCUCCACCUCGCGGCCGAGGCCAAUCACGAGGAGAUGGUCAAGCUUCUGCUGGACCAAGGUGCCGACCCCCGCGCUGCCAGUGACGGUGGCUGGACUGCUCUUCAUAACGCAGCCCAGAGUGGCCACACUGGUGCUGUUGCUCUGUUGCUUGCAGCCGAUGCGAACGUGAAUGCCGAGCUCUCUAACGGAAUGACGCCUCUGCACUGGGCGGCAUUCAACGGACACGAGGGGGUGGUAGAGCUCAUACUAAACAAGCCUGAGACCAAUAUUACCAUCAAGGAUGGUUUCGACCGGACUCCAAUGCUCUGCGCCGCCGAAAGGCAUCACAAGAACAUUGUCCAGCUCCUUUCACCCGCUCGUGCUGCAAAUCGAUUGAACCCCGUGGCGCAAUGCGCAUGCAAGGAGUUUGAGGCCACCGUCGUCGACUUCGGCAGCUUCCGAGAUGGAAAGAAACAGCUGGUGUUCAAGCACUCAGUACACGAACUUCUGUAUGGGUGGAAUAGUCAGGAGGAUCGGCCCACUAUUCCGACUUUGACUAAGAACAUUAAGUAUCAGCCAGCCUUCAGGUGGAUUCAUCUCCCCGCCAAUAAUAUCGCUUGGGUCGAGACCCUACUAGCGAAAUCAUUUGUUGAAGGAGGGCAUCGUGACAUGGAAGCCUUCAAAGCAUUGGAGAAGAGCUUCGGGCAGGAGCAUCGAGGCCCGUUGGCCCACGCUCACUUCAUGAGAACAUUCUGCCAGCGCAUUUCUGCCCCCCAGGCCUCGGCCUCUGACGAGGACAAGCUAUUGGUGUCGCUGUCCGAAGAACCUUCGGAUGUUAGCUCUCAAGUGAGCCACGUCGAUAGCGCAUCAACUCCCAAGACGCCCUGCAAAGAGGACAAUGGCACGCCAAAGUCUGAAGCUAAAAAGAAAGGCAAGUCAGAGCAGAUUUCCGAGAGGCAUCCGAAGAGGCCAAAACGAACAAGUGGGCCUCCUGGCAACCGCCCUGGCACGAAAGAUAGCAAGGCGGCUGUCAAGCUACCUGGCCAGCUCUCAUGGGAGGGGUCUAAGUCAGGGUCGGCACAUGGGAAGAUCGUCCUUUUCAUGCCAUUUCUGCAUUACGAGACGGACGAGCGACGUAAGAGACUCAGCAAUUCGAUCCGAAGUGCGCAAGACGGGCGAGAUCUGCCAGAGCAACCAUCGCGUGAUCAGAUGCUCGUCCAUGCGUAUUUGAACAACAUUCCCCCCUUGCACCCGAGAAGAACCCUCGAUCAAUUCUUCUACCACGGUAUCGACACUUCGGCACGCGACACAGACCAAGUCGUGUACAGGUAUUGCAAGAGGCAUCACCUCGAGCCGAAGGUCUUCAUGGUGGACCAGCUGUGGCUCUGGAUAUUAGGCAAGGACCUUGUCAUUACUUGUUUCCCCCAACGCUGGGACCAGCCAAAGCCAGACCCAUUGAACGUUCUCGACGGCAUCAUCGAAGAGACAAACGCCAAAACCCGCCCUCCCGUACAAUCCGUAUACGACCUGGCAAUGCUAAUCACCAGUCGCUGUUCCGGCAUGUUCGACCGCCACCGUCUCGACGACCAAGACUACCAGUUCCUAGACAUGUUCGAGAGCUCCAUCGGUCUCAUGACUAACCGUGAAAGCCAGCUGUUCGACCGCUUUAACCGAGCUUCUAGGCUGUCAGCCAAGUGGCUCCAGCGCCACCGGCGCCACCGAGGCGGGCAAGCCGGCAGGUCCGGUUCACCCUCGCCAGGGCCCAGUAGCGCGAGCACGUCUCGAGAUCCCGUCUUCCCCGACGCGCUGCUCGACAUCGACGUGGAGACGUCGCUCCUCUCCGAGAUCAAGGACAUCCGCGACGAGCUGAACAUCAUCGCCGUUAUCCUCGACUCGCAGAUGCUGAUCCUGGGCGAGUUCGAGGCGCACGUGACGGACGAGCUGCGGGGCGACGGCAGCCGGCGGGCGACGGACGGCAUCGUCGGCGAGAUCCGGCGGCGGUCCCGCGAGCAGCGGCGGCUCCUCGACGUGCACCGCAAGGACGUCGACCGCAUGGACCGCCAGGCCGAGAGCAUCUAUACCAGCCUGACGCACCUGCUCGACCUCAAGCAGAAGCACUCCAACGCGCUCGAGGCCCGCUUCGCCCGCGACCAGGCCGUCAUCGCGGCCCGCCAGGGCCAGACCAUCAUGGUGUUCACCAUCGUCACCAUCAUCUUCCUGCCCAUGUCCUUCAUCGCCGCCUUCUUCGCCAUCAACUUCGAGGACUGGGACGGCAUCCUGACCAUGGCUUACGUCUCAAAGUACCUCUUCGGCAUCGGCCUCGGCAUCUCCAUCCCGCUCAUCGCCAUGGCAUUCACCGUGUCCGACAUCUUCGACGGCGCCAGCACCGCCCUCUCGCUGGUCCCAUCGACCGGGGGCCAGCGCAAGUUCAGCGUCGGGAGCGGCAAUGCUGUUUCGUGGGCGCGGCCGAGCUUCGAUCAUAGGAGGAGGGAGAGGAUCAGCGAGGACCUGGAGAGGGGGAGGGGGGAUGUGUCGCUUUCGAGGGCUUAUUGA